AUGCCUGCCUCAUUCUCAUCUAGCGAGCGCUCUGGCUCGGUCAAGUCACACCACAGCCCCAAGACUUCACUACAGAGCAAGGCCGACCCCAACAUGGCCCUAUAUGAAGAGCAACCCACUGCUGUGAAUACCCAGCCAGGAACCCACAAUCAAUUCUCCCUCAGAAGCAUCCAGCACAAGGAUCGCGAGGGUAAAAUCAUCACCGACCCCGAUCUCUCCAACCCCACCAGAAGUCGUCUCGAGCGUCCCCUAGACACAAUUCGGUCAUUCGAUGCAGCAAUUGACGCCCACCGAAAACAAAACAGGAUGUGA